UACCAUUUCAUCUAAGUGUGAGGCUAAGUAGCCUUGGAGUUUUCUAUAAACGACGCGCUUUGCUUAACGUAUUGAGUACGGUAAUAUGCAAUGGAUUAUAUUGAUACUACAUCAAAUGAUAAUAUCUUUGGAAUGGGGAAACACUUCCAUUGGUAAUAGUUAAGGAUGGUAAUAAAUAUUUGAGAAAAACGUAUGCCCCCAUCAGGAUUCGAACCUAAAGACGUUCGGAUACCGUUCGAAUUUACUAUUAUUUCAUUAUUGAUCUUAUUUUUAAACAUUUAUUCCCAUUUUAUAACAGAGAAAUGAACGUGUUUGGAAUAAGAUUUGCACCACUUUCGAUUCCUUUCCAUCGACGCAUUGAAACAUUCGCUGUUGCACAAUUUUGUAUCCUAUUUGUGGUUGGUGGCAUUAUCUUUAUCAGUUUAACAAUUUACCUGUUUACCACCUCCUACUACUGGUUUCCUCUACUAUAUUGUGUUUGGUUAUAUUUCGACUGGAAUACACCAAGCCGAGGGGGUAGAAGGGGGAACUGGAUGAUCCACGGCUCUCUGUGGCGUCACAUGAGUAACUACUUUCCAGCUAGACUGCACAAAACUGUGGAUCUUGACCCGAAUCACAACUACCUGCUUGGCUUCCAUCCACACGGCGUGAUGGCUGUUGGAGCAUUCAUGAGCUUCGCCACUGAAGCAAAUGGCUUCAGUUUAAAGUUUCCAGGGAUCAGACCAACUGUGUUGACACUCGCAGGGCAAUUCGGAAUUCCAUUCUGGAGGGAUUAUCUAAUGUCAGCAGUUUGUAGCGUCAGCCGUGAAAGUGUGGACUACGUUUUAGGGGAGUGUGGUGAUAAAGGGAAUGCUGUUAUAAUUGUCGUUGGCGGCGCCCUUGAGUCCCUACAAGCACACCCAAACGCUCACACUCUUGUUUUGCGAAAACGUAAAGGAUUUGUUAAGAAAGCUAUUUAUCACGGGGCUCAUCUCGUUCCAGUGUAUUCAUUUGGUGAAACGGACAUCUAUGAUCAACUUCCCAAUCCAGAGGGUUCAAAAUUAAGGAAGUUCCAGAUCAUGAUGACAAAAAUUAUGGGAUUUGCACCCCCUAUAUUUCAUGGCCGAGGUAUAUUUAACUACACACUUGGGAUUGUGCCAUACAGGAAGCCGAUUAACACGAUCGUUGGAAAGCCAAUUCCUAUUAUGAAAGAUACAAGUCCAUCGAGCGAAAAGGUCGAUCGAAUUCACCAAGAAUAUAUGGAUGCCCUGGAAAGCCUCUUUGAGGAGCACAAGCUAAAGUUUGGGGUUGAUGCGGCUAAACGGUUAACGUUUUUAUAAAAAAAAAAUAAAAGCUUCUGUUGUGUUUUUUUUAGCAACAACAAUGCAAUAGGUAAUUGGUUUAUGUUCCUUUUGUAAGAAAUUGUUUAAUUGUUCUAAAUACAGUGUCUCAGUAAAUGAAAACAAACAUUGACAGAAAAAUCUAAUAAAAGAAAUUGAAUAAUUAGCUUUAUGCCUAUUAGCGAUAUUUGUGUAAUAAAUGGAAGCUACGUCAGAGAAUUUAAUUUGUCAUUAACUAGUUUGAGCAUAAUUUAGAAAACACAUGUCUUGGAGCUGUUUUGUAUUCAUGUAAAAUUAAUAUUAAUACACCAUAUCAUUAAAUUCGAAAUAAGUAUUAUUUUUUUAGUACCGUAUUAUUUUCAAAGAAACCAAUCAUAACAUGGUACUAUAGUAACCAAUUAUGAAAUCAAAAUUUGUUAUUUUAUCACAAUUUAUGCUUUUAGGUGACUAAUCGUAAAAAAAUAAAAAUUACAAGCUGGCCAGACUCGGUAGGGUUUAAAGGUUAAAUGUUAAAAUUGAUCAAAUCGAACAAAGUAGUGAUUAUAAAAGCUUUAAUUCGGUGCUUUAUCAAUUUGUUAUGCUUUUUAAUUUCAGUUGAUCAUAACUUUAAGUUUCAAAAUUGCUUCAAAAACUGAUAAUAUAUGUUUGAUCUGGCUGUCUUGCACAGCAAAUUACUUUCAUGUAGGUGAUUUUGUUUUACAAUGAGAGACGUUCUUUUGGAAUGUUUAGGUAAUGAUAAUUUUAAGUUUAAUUUUGCACAUAAUUCUUCAUGCAAAAUAUAUAAUAUGUUUAUGCCAAAUGGAACGAUAGUGUUGAUCUCGUAUCUGAAACUGAAAGGUAGGGUGCAAUAAGAAGAAAUACUAUUAAUGAUGAUUAGCAGUUAUUAAUAUAUAAAAGCUUGUAAUUUAUAUAAAAAGCAUAAAUUAACAGUGCUCUCAAAAGUUUAUAAUUCUUUUAUUUAAAGAAUUGAUGUUUGUAAAUUUUUAUCUGAAUAUGAAAAUGGUGAUGAAUUUUGAUAAUAUCGACAAUGUUUUUUUAUGAAUGUCAAAGAAUUGACUUGCUAGGAGAUAAUUGUUUUCUAUUUCCAACAUUAAGAAAGAGCUCCUACCAUAGGACUGUCAAUCACAACAUUAGCUUCACUCAUUAUUAGGAGAAUUCUUAAUAAUUCUAGAUAUUAUUUCUGUACUAUAUUAUACUAUACUAUUGCAAUAUCUAUGUAUUUAGAUCUUUCUAAUUUGUGCUUUUCAUUUUUAUGCUUUGCUACAAUAGAUUGUUUGGUAAAGAAGCGAACAAUGUUAGGAAUUCACCAUAAUACUAAUAGUAGUCUUAAUACUGUUGCAUGUGUGCUUCAAAUUAUUACCCCAUUCAAUUAGUAUUAUAUUUUCAGACAUAAUCCUGUUUGUAUAUUUCCUUAAAAUCAUAAAUAACAUUUAUUUUACUAUUAUUUUUACUAUUAAUAAACAAGUUAUAAUAAUUGAUAUAAUUAGUUUGCCAGCUUUAUCGGAGUAGACCACAUCUUCACAAAAGUUCAUGAUGUGCGUUUGUGAGACAGGUUUAUAUAGGAAAUGAACCAAUAUACCAAAUAAUGACUUACUGAUUUUUUAACUACAGUUCCCUGAUCCAAUAAAUCUGAAUAUGAUUGUGACUGGUAUAAUA